AUGCCUACUCCUGUACAUGAAGUUUUCAUGGAGCGCCUCAGUGAACUUCUACAGGGGAAACUGUCAGGCCUUAUCAGAUGGUCAGAUGGGAUGUUCAAGUUGAGUUCUAACACAACCAGGUUCCUCCAACGAGGUCAAAUCACCACUGUACCCAACUUAGCCCUCAAGUUUCAAAGCCUCAACCCUAGCACUGAGUGGCAGGAGUUGUUCAUUGUUGAGGUCUCCCACUCCCAGUUACUUGGGGAUGUCACCCAGAAGGUGAAAAAGUACUCUCAGGAGCUCCCCCACCUUGUCAGCAUUCUAGUAGUCAAAUUCUAUGAAUCCCACAAAUACGCAAAGCCCCAAUAUAGGUAUGCUGAACCCAUCAACAUGCAGUAUUGGUACAACUUACAAAAGGAUAACAAUAUCAAAUAUGGCCCUCUGAGGACAGCUGAUGGCGUAACAUGGGCGGCAUACAUACAAAGGGUAGUACCUAACAUAGAUGUGGGCCAACUCUAUCCCACUCAAGCCCAGAAAGACGAGUUCAAUGAUGUUUUUAAUUGUGUUAUUACCAGGUCAAUUUUGGAGAUGGAGAAUAUUAUGAGGAGUACGCCCCAGACUGUUGCUAGCCUAGAAGCUAAAAUUGCAGCUGCUCAGAUUGCAGCGCUAGAGGUUGCUACCCAGGAUUUGAUAGCAAACUGCACUGGUUGUCCUCCUCAGAGUGGUACCCAUUCAUGCACCCCCACCACGACUCUACCUACUCCCCAUUUGCACCCCCAACUGAUCUGGCACAUAGACAUUUUCAGGAUCAUUAUAAUGCCCCCCGAAGCUGUGCUAAGGCAGCUAGGAGAAGGAGUCUUUUUCACUCCGAAGAAGAAGUUCAAGGAGAAAAAUGGCACAUGUACCAAUCGCACAUGUCCUGCAUGUGGAAAACUUUUGAAAACACUACAAGGCAACACCCAGGAUAACUUGAACCCUGACCCAGAGAUGCAGGCUAGCAGUUUAUGUCACCCCCACUCCCUGCACUUUAAUCUGGAUGAUGAUGAUGAUGAUGAUGAAAGAGUAGUGGAACAAAAUGAGAAUGCUGGCAAGGCUAUAAGGAAGGGGGUUGGCCAGAAAUCUCUUGACAGAUUACUGGCAAUUCCUGAACUUUCCCAGAGACUGGGCCUUAUAGAGACCCCUUACAAGCCAUUGCAUCUUUGUUGGGCAAUCCAGCACAUGCAACAGACAUACAACAGGGAUGAUCAUAUAUUUGAUGAGAUGUGGACUGGGAAUGGUGGUAUCUGUAUAGGCUCUUCUACCUCACAACAGACAAAACUCAGUUGA